AGAUUAAUACUUCAAGUCGCUGAGUUGAGAAAGAGAUGGUUGAAUCAAAAGAAUUCCUUUUUUGAAGUUCAAUUUUUAUCAGAGGACAAUAUGAAUAUUAUACCUUGUUCCAUUAAAACACUCAAGGGGUUAUACGAUAUAUCGGGUGUAGAAGUAGGCCAACACUUCUAUUGGCAAAUAGGAGGUUUCCAAAUUCAUGCCCAAGUACUCAUCACUUCUUGGGUCGUAAUUACUAUCUUGCUAGGUUCAGUUGUCAUAGCUGUUCGGAAUCCACAAACCAUCCCGACCGACGGUCAGAAUUUUUUUGAAUAUGUCCUUGAGUUUAUUCGAGACUUGAGCAAAACUCAGAUUGGAGAAGAAUAUGGUCCCUGGGUUCCCUUUAUUGGAACUAUGUUCCUUUUUAUUUUUGUUUCGAUUUGGUCGGGUGCUCUUUUACCUUGGAAAAUUAUAGAGUUACCCCAUGGGGAAUUAGCAGCGCCCACGAAUGAUAUAAAUACUACUGUUGCUUUAGCUUUACUCACGUCAGCGGCAUAUUUUUAUGCUGGUCUUAGCAAAAAAGGAUUGAGCUAUUUCGAGAAAUAUAUUAAACCAACUCCAAUCCUUUUACCAAUUAACAUCCUAGAAGAUUUCACAAAACCAUUAUCACUUAGCUUUCGACUUUUCGGGAAUAUAUUGGCGGAUGUUAAUUGGUAAAAGGAUUGGAGUUGGUUUAAUAUAUUUCUCGAAAUAGCUCAAUCCUUUUUUGCUAAGACCAGCAUAAAAAUAUGCCGCUGACGUGAGUAAAGCUAAAGCAACAGUAGUAUUUAUAUCAUUCGUGGGCGCUGCUAAUUCCCCAUGGGGUAACUCUAUAAUUUUCCAAGGUAAAAGAGCACCCGACCAAUUCGAAACAAAAA